AAUAUUCAUAACUGAAAAAGUUCUCUCAACCAAAGCAGUUGCAAUGGGUAAAGCCAAAGAGAACUCUCUCAAUCUCAUUUAAAUAAGGAAUUAUGGAGGCCCUAUUUAAAGCCCACGAAAUGGAAGGUUUCCCCUUUUUUUCUUUUUUCUUUUUUUAAGAUCUGGUAUAAAAUGACGUCGUUUUAUACCCGAUCUAAUUCCAUUAAACUUAAACCAUAUUUUGUUUCUACUAAUCCUCAACUCCAAGCUAGUAACAUCUAGUUUAAUUUUCAUUUUUUUAUUAAGGAAUUUUUUUUUUUGGGACAAAAAUGUGAUAUAAUUUUAUCAAUAGAAAAAAAUAAAAAUAAAAAAUAAACAUACACAAUCUAGUAUGCCUAACCAUCGAACUGCUGCAACACAGUGUACAAACCAGAAGUUACAACAGGUUUUUUUUAUGAUUUUGUUAUGGUUCUGGUUGUUGUUGGCGCCCACCUUGGGUACAACAAAUGAACACCAUUAUCCAACCCACCAUCGCCGCCUUACCUCCUCUGCCUCCUCCUCCCUCUUCUUCUUUUCCUCAAAACCCCUUCUCUCUCUCCAACCCUAAACCCUCACUACGCCCUUCUCUUUCUCUCUCUCUCUCACCUCCUUCAAGUUCAAACCCCAAACUCAAACCCCAACUCCUCCUCAACUUCACCGCUUUACCUCCCUCCCAAUCCCUCCCAACCCAAAAACCCCUUUUGCCUUUAACCCCUCCCAAUGGCUCUGACCAAACCCACUUCUUGUUUCACCAUCUCCUCAAUUUGCUUCGCCUCUCGGCUCGUCACGGCGACCACGAGCUCGCCAGGGCCGUGCACGCCUCAAUUCUCAAAUUUGAAGAAGAUAACCAUCUGGGUAACGCUCUCAUUUCAGCUUAUCUCAAGUUGGGUCUUGUUCCUGACGCUUACAGGGUUUUUCAAAGCCUUUCCUGCCCAAAUGUUGUGUCUUUCACCACUUUGGUUUCGGGUUUUUCCAAGGCGGGUCGAGAAGACGAAGCUGUGGAGCUUUUCUUUGGGAUGAGGAAUUCAGGUAUUGACCCUAAUGAGUUUAGCUUUGUUGCGGUUUUAACUGCUUGUAUUCGGAUUUUGGAGCUGGAUUUGGGUUUGCAAGUUCAUGCCUUGGCGGUCAAAAUGGGAUACUUAGAUUGUGUUUUCGUUUCGAAUGCGCUUAUGAGUUUGUAUGGUAAAUGUUCUUGUUUGGAUUAUGUGCUUAAACUGUUUGAUCAUUUGCCCGAAAGAGACAUUGCUUCUUGGAAUACUGUUAUGUCAAGUUUAGUGAAGGAAUUUAGGUAUGCUGAAGCAUUUGAAUUGUUCCGUGAACUGUGGCGAACUGAAGGGUUUGGAAUCGACCGUUUCACCGUUUCAACCCUUUUGACUGCCUGUACUGGUAGCAGUGCUUUUAGAGCAGGCAAAUUGGUUCAUGCCUAUGCAAUCAAAAUUGGUUUAGAGGCCAAUUUGAGUGUUACCAAUGCACUUAUUAGGUUCUAUGCUGCGUGUGGGAGUGUAAAUGGUGUGAAGUCUUUGUUUGAGAGGAUGCCUGUGAGGGACGUUAUUACGUGGACGGAAAUGAUUACAGCCUACAUGGAAGUAGGUUUGGUGGAUUUGGCUAUAGAGAUGUUUGAUAACAUGCCAGAGAGGAAUCCUGUUUCUUAUAAUGCUCUGUUGGCUGGUUUUUGUCGAAAUGGUGAAGGCUUGAGGGCAUUGGAUUUAUUUACAAAAAUGUUGGAGGAGGGUAUGGAGAUGACGGACUUCACAUUGACUAGCGUUGUUAAUGCUUGUGGCUUGGUCAUGGAUUGUAAAACCAGUGAGCAAAUUCAUGGGUUCCUUAUCAAGUUUGGUUUUGGGUCAAAUGCUUGCAUUGAAGCUGCACUGCUUGAUAUGUGCACAAGGUGUGGUCGGAUGGCAGAUGCCAAAAAGAUGUUUCUUCGGUGGCCAGCUGAGCAGGACAGGUCUGUAAUUUUGACAUCAAUUAUAGGUGGGUAUGCUCGAAAUGGGCAACUGGAUGAAGCAAUUUCUCUGUUCAACCUUAAUCAGUCAGAAGGAAGAAUGGAUAUGGAUGAAGUUUCAUCAACUUCACUACUCGGUCUUUGUGGAACUAUAGGAUUUCAUGAGCUGGGGAAACAAAUCCACUGCCAUGCUUUUAAGCGUGGUUUCCUAACUGAUGUAGGAGUAGGAAAUGCCACGAUUAGCAUGUACACUAAGUGUUGGAACAUGGAAGAUGGUGUCAAGUUGUUCAAUAUGAUGCCCACUCAUGACGUAGUUUCAUGGAAUGGUUUGCUUGCUGGUUAUCUUCUCCAUAGACAGGGUGAUGAGGCCUUAGCUUUCUGGUCAAAGAUGGAGAGGACUGGCAUAAAACCUGACAAGAUUACCUUUGUUUUGAUCAUUUCAGCAUACAGACACACUAACUCCAACUUAGUUGAUAAUUGUCGUAGUUUGUUUCUCUCCUUGAAAACUGUUUAUGGCAUUGAACCCACCUCAGAGCACUUUGCUUCCUUCAUUGCUGUUUUGGGGUACUGGGGUCUAUUGGAUGAAGCAGAGGAAAUAAUCUGUAAGAUGCCUUUUGAGCCUGAGGUUUCUGUUUGGCGAGCUUUGCUUGAUAGUUGUAGACUCCGUAUGAAUACAACAGUUGGCAAAAGGGUGGUGAAACGUAUACUUGCCAUGGAGCCCAAAGAUCCAUCUUCCUACAUACUUGUAUCGAAUCUGUAUUCAGCAUCUGGGAGAUGGCAUUGCUCUGAAAUGGUUAGGGAUAAAAUGAGAAAAAAGGGAUUCCGGAAGCACCCAGGUCAAAGUUGGAUCAUUCAUAACAAGAAGAUACAUCCAUUCUAUGCAAGAGAUAAAUCUCAUCCCCAAGCAAAAGACAUAUAUAGUGGACUAGAAAUACUGAUCUUAGAAUGUCUAAAAGCUGGUUAUGUGCCGGACACAAGCUUUGUUCUUCAGGAAGUAGAAGAGCACCAGAAGAAGGAUUUCUUGUACUAUCACAGCGCAAAACUAGCAGCGACCUACGGGCUUCUGACCAGCAAGCCAGGAAAACCAGUUCGGAUCGUGAAGAACAUCCUUCUAUGUGGAGACUGCCAUACAUUCUUGAAAUACAUGUCUAUUGUCACCAGAAGAACAAUAUAUGUAAGGGAUGCUUCAGGAGUACAUUAUUUUUCUAGUGGUCAGUGCUCAUGCAAAGAUUACUGGUGACUUAUGGUUGCCUCAUCUUUUUGGUAGCCAAUUAAGAGGUUUUGUGAAUUGUAACAUGUUUGUAUUUAGAAAGUGUAAUUUUCCAGUAGAAUUGAAUUACAAGAGUUCGAGUAAGUGAACCUCCGAA